AUGCUUCUCCGUGGGGUCUCGGCGGCAAAUUUAAUAGUCAGUGGCACCUGCAAGGAGCAUUUCUCCUCGGCGCUCACUGUACUGGACGAAGCGCUGUUCUCGCAGGUCCGCGGCUCCGCGGACGGGCAGCAAAUAUGGGAAUGCCUCGCGGCGCUAGUGGCGCUGCGUCUGUGGAGGCACGUCUGGGGUCAGCGUUCGCUGACCCUGCGGAUCAGAGGCAAUUCCAUGACCAUGUUGUCGCUGAUCGUCAACCUUCGGCCCGCAGCUGGGCCUGAUAGGCAUGGAGGUCGCGGUGGAGUACCCAGGCGGUCUUCGUGCCCGCCCUCGCCGAGCACAUCCCGGGGGUAG